ACACACCUGAAGCUCAUUGGAUACUAUUGGUUGACGUUGAUGAGCCUCGGUCAUAAAGCCAGCUAACCGGCGGGCGCUGAGACCACGCGGAGCGCCCUGUCAGACGCCUGUCGCGCACUGUGAACCGUUGGUGUUCGUCUCUCUCACCGUCACCGGAGACAGGACCGCGGAGAAACGGAGAGAGACGUCCGAGAGUGAACGCUGCUGCGUGGCUCCGAGACAUUAACAGGAAACCCCCUCUCUGUUUUUUCCUUUUUGCCGAGGUGUGUGGUUACAAUGGUGUGAGGAUGGCCAAGCGACCGGGGACUGACGACGGGAUGCUAACUUCGCCGACCAUUCUCCGGGAUUUCGCCGUCGACCUGAGCGACGGGAAUUUCAACAUGGACUGCGUCGACGGAGCCGAGGAGGUCUCCCUGGAAGACAUCCUGAUACUGUACAGCCAGCCGAUAAACGAGGAGCAGGCGUGGGCAGUGUGCUACCAGUGCUGUCGGACUUUAGCGCAGAGACACCGGAGGAGAAGCCCCAAGUCAGCCGGCGCCGCGGCGGUCGACCGUACCCGGUUGAUCGAGGGACCCGGGGACGUGACGAUCGCGAGGGACGGGACCGUGAAGCUGCGCCUCGAAGACGGCGCAGAUAUAUACAAAUCGGCCCCCACGUCUUUAGAGGUCAUCGACUCACUGGGCGUCAUGAUCUACAAAGCUCUGGACUAUGGCCUCAAAGAAAACGAGGAGCGUGAACUCAGCCCACCGCUUGAGCGUCUCAUUGACAUGAUGACCAACAAUGAAGAGACCGAGAGUGACCCCUGUCCUGACGAAGGCUACGAGGCCACUGAGGAGGAGGAUGAGUGUGAGGAGGAGGAGGAGCUCUCUGCCACCACCACGUGCACAGUCGGCAGCAUUCGCAGCUAUCGAGAUAUUAUCUUGCUAUGUUCUUCCCACCUGCCCAGCCCGUCGGACGCUCCCAGUCACUACCAGGCUGUGUGUCGCGCUCUCUAUGCAGAGACCAGGGAACUGCACACCUUUCUGGAGAAGAUCAAGAGUGCCAAGGAGAACCUCCGGAGGAUGGAAGGGGACUCUCGGGGGGAACCUGCUAAAGACCUUGAUGAGCUGCAAAAUGCAGACUGGGCACGGUUCUGGGUGCAGGUGAUGCGAGAUCUUCGACACGGUGUGAAGUUGAAGAAGGUCCAGGAGCGCCAGUACAACCCACUGCCCUUCGAAUACCAGCUGACGCCCUACGAAAUGCUGAUGGACGACAUACGCACCAAACGUUACAAGCUGCGAAAAGUCAUGGUGAACGGAGACCUCCCUCCAAGGUUAAAGAAGAGCGCACAUGAAAUAAUUCUAGAAUUCAUCAGGUCACGACCUCCUCUCAACCCGGUCGCCGCCCGCAAACUGAAACCCCACCCUGCCCGACCCCGGAGCCUCCACGAGCGACUGCUCGAGGGCAUCAAGGCUGAAAGGAAGCUCAGGCCGGUGUCACCGGACAUGAUCCGCAGAAGCCGCCUGGGUGCAGGGAAAAGCAUCAGCACCCCACAAGACUUGUUCCGAAGCUCAGACACCCCUGAUGCACCCAGGAAGUUGGCUGUCAGCACGCAAUCUCUGGCCAGUGGCACCACGGGACCCAACCAAGGUGGAGUGCAGCCACUUAGCCAGAGGAAGAGGCUGCUCAAGGCGCCCACGCUGGCCGAGCUGGACAGCUCCGAAUCUGACGAGGAGACCACGCGGAGCAGCUCCAGCAUGUCCACAUCUCUGAUGGAGGACACAUCACCUGACUCCGUUGUGGGAAAGAAGGCUCCUCCAAAUUUCCUGCCCGUCUCCGCCGCCCCAAAGCGGGACAAGCGUCAGUCUCCCCAGAGGCGGCACUCCAUUGAGAAGGACGCCCCCACCUGUGUCCGGCCCUUUGUGCCUGCAUCCAGACAGAGUUCCAAGUCUUUGGAGGAGUUCUGCUACCCGGUGGAGUGUCUGGCGCUGACGGUGGAGGAGGUGAUGCACAUCAGGCAGGUUCUGGUCAAGGCCGAGCUGGAGAAGUUCCAGCAGUACAAAGACAUUUACAACGCCCUUAAGAAAGGAAAGCUUUGCUUUUCAUGUCGGACCAAGAGGUUCUCCCUCUUCACCUGGUCGUACACCUGUCAAUUCUGCAAAAGGCCUGUGUGUUCCCAGUGCUCCAAAAAGAUGCGGCUUCCAUCUAAGCCUUAUUCCACCUUGCCCAUCUACUCUUUUGGCCCCAGUGCUAUGGACAAAGAAGAGGCAGGUAGAGCGUCUGCCCCAGCGGACCCUGAAAAGAACCUGUUUGGGUCUGGACACAGCAGAAGCAGCCUCCGCAGGUGUGUCACUGUAGAACUCCUAUUUCUUUUUGUAUAUCGACAAAAUGUGGAGCAAAUAUCAACAUUCUCUCUCCGCCUCAGGUUGUCCAAGCACGGCAGCAGUAGCAGCAGAGAUGGCCCAUCACUGGAUGAACCAGAGCUGCCCAAGGAGCUGACGGAGGACUGGGUCACCAUGGAGGUCUGUGUAGACUGCAAGAAGUUCAUCAUAGAGAUCAUAUGCUCCAGCAAGCGCAGCCUGUGUGUGGCCAGCAAGCGUGCCCGUCUUAACCGCAAAACCCAAUCCUUCUACAUGUCGUCGUCCAGCUCCAUCAACUUCCGGCCCUCGGAGCGCACCAUCAACGAGGUGUAAAGUGGGACUGCCCCGUACACUUUUGUUACACCACAAGCUUAUUCCGUCAAUUUAAAAAAAAACAAAACCCCAGACUUGGGUUUACCGCAGUUUAUGUAAAUACUGAUAUUUUGUUGUUGUUAUAUUUUAUUUUAUUUUUUCGAAAAAAGCCACGAAGCCAGCCUGUCCCACCCCAAAGGUAGAAAAGGUUUUUAUACCUUACCCCUCUCAGGAAAAAGUUGGCAUGCUAUGAAUGGUCAUGACUAGUCAGGACUGUGCAGUAGCUGCCAGAUAACGAAGGAGAGCCAUGUUUUUCUGUCAGCAUCAGCGAUCGUUCAGGACACGGUGUGUGAAACUGUUCUAUUGAGCUGCUGAUGACGCAGUCUUGAAUCAGGUAAGAGAAUGUAUAUUUGACACACGAGCAGGAAUAGAUGAUGCAGAAAGCCGCAGUGAUUUUGUGUAAAUAGUAUCAAGGCCCAACCCUAAUCCUAAUCUUGGCUACCAAUGAAUUUUCCAGUUCCUGUUUACUUGGAGCACUCAGGAAGAACAACCGAUUGUCUUUUUGACAGAAAUGCACUGUAGAUCGUCCCUUCAGGUCUGCUGGGGCAGAUCUUCGCCACUCUGCUGCCCCUCCUUUUAUUCUUCCAGCAACAAUUAUGCCAAAUGUUACAUCAUUCACUUUUUAAGUCAUUUUGAAUGCAUAUUCACUAUGUCACAUUAAACAUCGAGGGGUGAAAAUAGUCUGUUUAUUUUUCUGGGUGGGGUUUGGCUUUUAGUUAUAAUGUAUAUUCAAUUCUGUGCCUGGUGCCAAAAUGUUUUUUUUCUUCUUCUUUGAAUGCCUUUGUAGUUACGGACCUAUUGUACAUAUGUGUGAUAACUCAAUGGGGGGCGGAUUUUGGGGUAAUCCAAGGUUUCUUUCCAAGCUGCGUAAUAGAAGCACAGAAAUGUGGGUUAUGAAUGUGUACAUGCUGUAUAUCUUAAUUGUUCCAAAUUUAAAUUUAAUAUAAAAAAACUUAACUUAGUAGUAAUGUAAUUUUUUUUUACCAUGUUUUAAGAUUUCUGCCUCUGGGGUUCAUUCAUCUGAUUUUUCUUUUUCUUAUUAGCAUCUUUAUUUUUUUGUUAAUAUAAUAGUACGGUUUUAUUUCUAUUGUAUAGUUUAUAAAACUCCUCAGUGUUAAAAUACUCCCCGAAAUCGCAAAUAGCACUUUUAUUGGACCAAUUUAUUGUUUAUGUUGAGUUUUUGUCUUAAUUAUAAUAAUAAUAAUAAUAAUUAAAAAUCUUUAUUUGUCUUGGGGGUCCAUAGUGCCAUUUCCCAGGGUUCCUCAAAAAUGAAGGUGUGCGUGUGUGUGAGAAUGUCUGCAGGUUGUUUCUAAGGAAGAUUAAUGGCUAAAACAAAAACACUCCACUGACUUGAUUGUAGGAAUUAAGUGUGCAUUGAAUAUGCUUUAUGAACAUAUUAGUCAAACUCUUGUAAACCGUACAUGUAAACUUGUGUUCAUACAGUGUGUUCUGUGACGGAUAUCACCAAACAGCCUAACCAGCUUGUCCAAUGACGCCAUGUUACCAUGAAACAUUCCAUUUGACCAGUUUUAUUUUGGGACCUCUGUAAGGAAUGUGUGCAUGCUGUACUGUGAUCCUUUUGUUUUCAUCAAAGAAAUUCUAAUAAAAAUAUUCAUGAUUGCUA